CAACACCGACUAUAAACCAGUGUCAUCAUAAUUGAUAAUGCUAUAAAAUAGGAGGAGAGAGAAAGAGGAGAGAGAAGCAGGGGAGGGUCUGCAAAGCAACCUCUCUUCUUUGGAUCUCUCAAUUGUUUUAAUAUAUCAUACUUGAUUUCAAUAGGUACAGGUAUUUGAUUCAAGAGAGAAAAACAUAAAAAAAAAAAAAGAAAAAGUGGGUAUUUUCUAUUGUAAUUUGCUGGCCCAUUUUGUUUGUCUUAUAUGUUCUCAAUUUUCUUGAAAAGGUGAUUGAUUUAGGAUCCCUUUUUUGUGUAGUAGUCAAUUUUCUUUUUCUUUUUUCUUUUUAAUUCUUGGUUUGUUUCUUUGAGAAAAAAGUUAUGAGCCAAGUUCGUGCAAAUUCAUCUCCUGACUUGGAUUUUCCCAGUACAGGAAAGGAUCAAAGAUAUGAUGAUUUGGCAUUACAAGGGGUAGCUGCAAAUGUAAAAUUACUGCUAAAACUAAUCCAAGAUCAUCAAUUAGCCUGUGAUCAUGACAAAAGUGAUCAUAGAAGAAUGUUGAGGGUAGCUACAAUGAUGACAAUUUUGGAUAAUGCGAAGGACAGAAUCCAGAAAUGCCAAUCAUUUGGCCUCAAGAAACCGGAUUCCGAGCUGAGGAGAUGCAACACCGACUUGCGCCGCAAUCCCGUCCCUCCGGGCAAAAAGCCCAGUGGUGGGGCGGGGGCGGUGGCCGUGGUGAUCGAGGAGGAGGAGGUGGACGAGGAGAAGGAGCGGUUGAGGCGCGAGCUGAGCUCGAGCAUAGCCGCUCAGAGAAACCUCAGAGCGAUGUGCUCGAGUUUAGGGAAGGAGAAGAAGUUCAUGGAGGCAGAGCUUUCCAAGAAAGUGCAUGAAUUGAGUGAGAUGGAGGAGCUUUUGAACAAUCUCAAGGCACAAAAUGAGACAUUGCGCCAAAAAGUUCAAGAAUGCCUCUCCGAUCACAAGGAGAGGAAGGCCGGUGGUGGCGGCGGAGAAAUGAGCGUGGCGUUGGUGUUGCAAGAGCGGAACAAGGCGCUCUCGGAGCAGUUGAUGAGGUCUCUUGAUGGUUAUAGAUCGAUGAAGAGGAAGCUCAAAGUGGCGCAAGAAGAGAAUACUAUGCUGCAUUCGACUGUGGAUGAGGUUGGGGCCAAAGUUGUGGGAAGUUUGGAGAGGGUUAAGAGUUUGAAGCAACGAGUGACCACGACGACAUCUCCUUCUGGGGGCGAAAUCCCCCUCGAUCUUCAGGAGGAGAUCGAGGGGUUAGAGGGCAUGUUUGAGUGCUUCCAAAUGUUGGUGGAGAAGCACGAGAAGAGGCGGGGCGAUUGCGCGCAACCAAAUGGCGAGAUCAAUGCAUAUAAGCCCUCCGUUCUCGCAUGAGACUGGACCAAAGGAUUUUGGAGGGACUAACUUGAAUUUUUGUUGCUAGUAUUUUUGAUUUUUUGCUUUGGAUUAGUUUCUUUUUUGAUGCGAUGGCAUUGUUUGAAGAUGUGAUAGUGUCUUCAUUGUGUGUGAAAAAAAUAGCUGAUGAUUUCUAUAGGUCAUUAGCAUGUAAAUAGUUGUAUCAUAGUCUUCUUGUUUGAAGGCAACCUACAAAACAUUGGUUUUCUAGUAUAGAACAUUUUUAAGUGAAUGUGAUGCUAUGUUGCUGCUGGAAA